AUGGUACGAUUACACAAGCCUCCAAGGUAUGUUCGGGCCAGUAUACUGUGCUCAUGCGGGGGACUGCUGUUGGGGAUGGAUACUGGCAUCAUUGGACCCGUCACGGUUAUGGACAGCUUUGUUUCACGAUUUGGCAGCCAAUCAUCAACCAUUCACGGCCUGAUCGUCUCAUCCAUCCUGAUUCCAGCCGCAUUUUCUUCCUUCUUCGCGGGGUAUCUGGCGGACAAAAUGGGUAGGCCUAAGGGUAUCAGCAUCGGUGCUCUUAUCUUUGCAAUUGGGGCAGCUUUGGAAGCGGCUGCUGUGCAUAUUGGGAUGUUUGUUGUGGGACGUUGCAUCGAGGGCAUAGGUGAGGGCUUAUAUCUAGGCACCCUCGUCGUCUACAUCUGCAAGAUCUCUCCGCCAAGGGUUAGAGGAGCGUUGACAACCGGGCCCCAGUUGCUAAUUACUCUGGGGUUGACGAUCGGUUUCUUUGCAUGCUACGGUACUUCUCGCACGAAGUCUUCCUUUUCAUGGCGCACGCCUUUCAUCAUCUUGGCUUGUCUGGCUGCUACAUUCUCCAUGGCUUCACUCCUGUGGUUAAGUCCAUCACCGAGAUGGUUGACCCUCCAUGGCCGGAGAUCGGAGGCUACUGCAGUUUGGGAUUACCUUGGUGUCAGCCAGGCGGAACGUGAAAAGGUUGAGAUUGAACAGACUCAAAGCGUUAAUACUGAGGCUGUCGCGAGUGCUUCGAGCGACAUACAUGCCUCAUCAGUAUCCCAACGCCAGGACAGAUCAAUGAAGCACAAGUUUUUCGAUCUGUUUGCAAAAGAUGUACGAACACGCACCGCACUGGCUGUGUUUCUAAUGGGCAUGCAGCAGCUCAGUGGGAUUGAUGGUGUGCUCUAUUAUGCCCCACUGCUCUUUGAGCAAGCAGGACUAGCUUCUUCAGAUGCCAGCUUCUUUGCCUCGGGUGUUUCUGCAAUAGUGAUCUUCGCCGUAACCAUUCCGGCGCUCAUAUGGGCGGACAGGUGGGGCCGACGACACAGCACUAUCUAUGGUGGCAUCGGCCUCGCCAUCACAAUGUUCUUGAUAGGGGGUCUCUACGCAGGGAAUGCCGUACACGACUCAACUGGUGCAGGUCGGUGGGUGGUCAUUGUCUGCAUCUAUAUUUUUGCAGUUAUAUACUCUCUCAGCUGGGCAGUCGGCAUCAAGAUCUACGCAGCAGAGAUACAGCCACAAAGGACCCGCGCAUCGGCCACUAGCUUGGCACAUGGCAGCAAUUGGACUGCUAACUUUCUGGUCGCACUCACGACACCCAUAUUACUGUCAAAAAGCAGCUUCGGUGCAUACUUUCUCUUUGGUGGAUGCACCCUGAUCACGGCGUUCAUUUGCGCCCUGUUCAUGCCCGAAACAAAAGGACGAUCCUUGGACGAAAUCGAGGAGGCCUUCAAUACAAUUAUUCUGCCGAAUUGGAAUUUAGCCCGGAUAUUUCCCCUCGCUGAUAAAGAAGAAAUUGUGUCCGUCACCCCAGAAUGCCGUGAUAUCCCCCUACACCUUGACACUUGGCACACGGCACGAUGCCGCCCCGCAGAAGAGCGCCGAUCUCUGCGGCGAACCUGCGAUCUGCGCAACCUUCAGAGGCAAGGUGCAGCAUCUGCAAAGCCAGGCGCCGCGGAUACUACGAAACGCAGACGUCCCUCUCAGACCGCACAACCUCCCCGAGCCGAACAGCCGCCACCACCCAGUGCGGAGGAACAGCAGCAGAAGUCGACCGAAGAGCACGAGCAUUCGCAUUCUACAUACCGCCACCGCGACCCAUUUGACGCGCUUCUGGAACCUUUCUACUACAACAAGUCCCUCACGGAUCCGAUCAAUACUGCGAAAGACAAAUGGAACCUUCUGCCGGCUUUCCUCAAGGUUAAGGGAUUGGUGAAGCAGCACAUUGACUCAUACAACUAUCUCGUUGAGGUCCAGCUGAAGAAAAUUGUCGAGUCUAGCUCUACAAUUCGAAGCGAUGUCGACCAUACCUUCUACAUCAAGUUCACCAACAUUUACCUUGGGUUCCCGCGCCGUGCCGACGAGCCGCAGGAUGCGCGGGCCGACUUCACCUACUCGACCGUGUCCCCGCAAGAAUGUCGCCUACGUGAUACGACGUACGCGGCUCCCAUUCAGGUCGAUUUUGAGUACGUCCGUGGUCGUCAAAGGGUCAUGAGGAAGGGUGUUGCCAUUGGUAGAAUGCCGGUUAUGCUUCGGAGUUCCAAGUGUGUAUUGGCGAAUAAGACACCGGCGGAGAUGACGGUGCUGAACGAGUGUCCCUUGGAUCCUGGUGGUUAUUUCAUCGUGAACGGAACCGAGAAGGUUAUUCUUGUCCAGGAACAGUUGAGCAAGAACAGAAUUAUCGUUGAAACCGACCCCAAGAAGGAGAUUGUUCAGGCGUCGGUUACAAGUUCUUCCAACGAGCGAAAGUCGAAGAGUUACAUUGUCCUCAAGAAGGACAAGCUCUACGUGAAGCACAACGUGCUCAGCGAGGAUAUUCCCAUCGUCAUCCUUUUGAAGGCGAUGGGCAUCCACACGGAUAAGGAGAUGCUUCUGCUGGUCGCGGGUGUCGACAAGGUUUAUCAGGAAGACUUUGCCAUCAACUUCGAGGAGGCGAUCAAGUUGGGUAUCUACACGCAACAACAGGCUCUGGAUUGGAUUGGUGCACGGAUUAAGAUCAACCGCAAGCAGUCGCCUUCUUAUCGCCGUACCCACGUUCAGGAAGCCGUCGAGGCCAUUGCCUCUGUCAUCAUCUCCCACAUUGAAGUGAAGAACAUGAACUUCCGGCCCAAGGCUGUCUAUGUUGCGCACAUGGCGCGUCGUGUGCUUAUGGCCAAGAACGAUGCCAGCCUGGUUGAUGACCGUGAUUAUCUCGGAAACAAGCGUCUGGAAUUGGCUGGUCAGCUGCUGGCUUUGCUCUUUGAAGAUUUGUUCAAGAAGUUCUGCUUCGACAUCAAGAUGAACAUUGACAAGGUUUUGAACAAGCGCAACCGUGCGGAAGCCUUCGAUGCUUACAGUGUCAUCACUAUGCAUAGCAACCACAUCACCCAGGGUAUGAACCGUGCUAUCUCGACGGGUAACUGGAGCUUGAAACGUUUCCGCAUGGAACGUGCUGGUGUGACCCACGUGCUCAGUCGACUGAGUUAUAUUGCGGCUCUGGGUAUGAUGACGCGUAUUAGCAGUCAGUUCGAAAAGACGAGAAAGGUCUCUGGUCCUCGUGCAUUGCAGCCUUCGCAGUUUGGUAUGCUCUGUCCAGCCGAUACUCCAGAAGGUGAGGCCUGUGGUCUCGUCAAGAACUUGGCACUCAUGACGCACAUUACAACCAAUGACGAAGAGGGCCCGGUCAGAAACUUGAUUUUCAUGCUCGGUGCCGAAGAUAUUCAGACUGUGGGUGGUAAGGAGCUCUACGGACCUGGCUGCUAUACGAUUUCCAUCAACGGAACACCCACCGCACUCACACGUCGUCCGAAAUACUUCCUUGACGCGUUCCGCAGACUGCGUCGAAUGGGUCGCAUUUCUGAGUUCGUCAGUAUCUACAUCAACCACCACCAGAGGGCCGUCCAUGUCGCGACCGAUGAUGGACGUAUCUGUAGACCGCUUAUCGUCGUCGAAAACGGCAAGUCUCGUGUUAAUGCCCAGCACCUCGAGAAGCUGCGUAAUGGCACAAUGCAGUUCGACGACUUCCUUGCUCAAGGUCUGGUCGAGUAUCUUGAUGUCAACGAAGAGAACGACUCUUUGAUUUCCAUCUACGAGAAAGAUAUCACAGAAACCACCACCCAUCUGGAAAUCGAGCCCUUUACGGUCCUCGGUGCAGUCGCCGGUCUUAUUCCCUAUCCUCACCACAACCAGUCCCCCCGUAACACCUACCAAUGUGCUAUGGGUAAACAAGCUAUUGGCGCGAUCGCCUCCAACCAAUUUCUGCGUAUUGACUCGAUUCUGUACCUCAUGGUCUACCCGCAAAAGCCCAUGGUCAAGUCUCGCACCAUCGAGCUGACCAAAUACGAUCAGCUUCCUGCCGGACAGAACGCCAUCGUCGCCGUCAUGAGUUACUCUGGUUACGAUAUUGAGGAUGCCCUGGUCCUGAACAAGGGUUCAGUCGACCGCGGCUUCGGACGCUGCCAGGUGUUCCGGAAAUACGUCACCAACCUGAAGAGUUACUCCAACGGCACCAAGGACCGGCUGAGCGGACCUACCUACGAGAACGACGCUCCAAUCCGCAAGCACGCUCUCCUCGAGAGUGACGGUCUCGCCGCAGUCGGUGAGCAAGUCAACGCCGGCGAAGUCUACAUCAACAAGUCCACUCCCGACCAGUCCAUGUCAUCAGGCUUCCCCAACUCCGACGCCGGCCGACCCGUCUCAUACAUGCCAACUCCUAUGACCUACAAGCUCCCAGACCCCGCCUACAUCGACAAAGUGAUGGUCUCGGUCACCGAGAACGAGAACCAGCUCGUCAAAGUCCUCACCCGCCAGACCCGCCGCCCGGAAGUCGGCGAUAAGUUCUCCUCGCGUCACGGACAGAAGGGUGUGGUAGGUAUCAUCGCCGACCAAGCUGACAUGCCCUUCACCGACACCGGCAUCAACCCUGACAUCAUCAUGAACCCCCACGGUUUCCCCUCUCGAAUGACAGUCGGCAAGAUGCUGGAACUCGUCGCCGGCAAAGCCGGCGUUCUAGCCGGCCAACACGGCUACGGUACCUGCUUCGGCGGCAGUCCCGUCCAGGAAAUGUCCCAGAUCCUAAUCGACAACGGCUUCAGCUACGGUGGCAAGGACUACCUCACCUCGGGUAUCACGGGCGAAGCCCUACCCUUCUACGUCUUCACGGGUCCCAUCUACUACCAGAAACUGAAGCACAUGGUCCAAGACAAGAUGCACUCGCGUGCUCGUGGUCCCCGCGCUAUUCUUACCCGUCAGCCUACGGAAGGUCGUUCCCGUGACGGUGGUCUGCGUCUGGGUGAGAUGGAACGUGAUUGUUUGAUUGCGUAUGGUACUAGUCAGCUUCUACUGGAACGGUUGAUGAUCUCGUCUGAUCGUCAUGAGAUCGAUGUCUGCGAGCAGUGCGGAUUCAUGGGAUACUUGAACUGGUGUCAGCGGUGCAAGUCGUCCCGCAGCGUGGUCAAGAUGGCUAUCCCGUAUGCAGCGAAGCUGCUCAUUCAGGAGCUGAUGAGUAUGAAUGUCACCGCGAGGUUGAAGCUUGAUGACGAGUUCCCGGAGAUGAAGGGGCGGUAA